AUGCGGCGCGCGGAGCGGCGGGCGGGCGCUGACCCCGCGGCCCGGCCCAGCGCGCAGGAACCUCGGCCCGGGCCCGAGCGGACCCCGGCCCGGGCCGGCGACCGGGACCUGCGGGCGGCCGGGGCCCCGCCGGCGGGGAGCCUGGCGCCCGACUGGGCCCCCCGGGCGUUCCCCGUGAGGGUGCUGCUGGAGGACACCGGCGAGAUGUUCCGAGUGACCGACUGCCGCCGGGACAUGACCGUGCGGGAGCUCAAGGAGGAGCUGGACCUGCUCGCGGGCAUCCCCUCCAACCUGCAGAGGCUCCAGUACCUGGACCAAGGAAUACUGAUGGAUGACACUACGCUCAAGUUUCAUGACGUGGUUCCUGGCGGAGUUAUCUCUCUGUGCGUCUGGCACUAUGAUGGAUGGACGGAGCUGGUCAUGGCGGCCGUGGAAGGGGAUCCUGCUAAGCUCUGCGGGCUUGGUGUGGUCGAGGGCUCCUAUUUCCGAACGGCCAACUCACGGCACUUUGAAGAGGGGCAGUGGCGCAGAUGGAUAGCCCAGCGGGCCUUCGUGGCCUUGUACGUCUCUUCCCACAGAGGCCACUUGGAAGCUGUGCAGUACCUUCUAGAAAAGGGCUCCGUGCUACGUGCUGGGGAUGAAAACAGCAGCCGUCCAAGAGCCAACUGUCUGGGCAAGACCCCCAUGGGCAGGACGCCCCUGCACGUGGCCGCGGCCAUGGGCCGGCUGGACUGCAUCACCCUGCUGCUCAGCUACGGGGCCUCCACCAGCAUCAAGGACGCCAGGGGUGAGAGCCCCUUGUCCCUGGCCCGCCGGCUGGACCGCAAGCACAGCGAGCGCAGCAUGUUUCUCUUCCACUGGAAGGCCAAGAUGGCGGGGAGGGACCUGUCGCAGCUGCUCAGGGACACCGAGUUCCAGAAAGCCAAGUCUGGGCUCAGCAUCAAGAAGCUCAAAACUUAGCUCCCGCUCGGGGUGUCUGCAUGUGAGAGCUCAUGUGGGUAACUUUUCAGGGUUCAAACCCACGGUCCCUGGGUGGGUGGGGAGGCAGGAAAACACAGCUACGAAUCUGACUCAGAUACUGAAUUAUCUGUCCUGUUUGCAAGUGGCUUUGGAGGGUGUGGACGGAAGGAGGUGUGUGUGUUCCUUUAGCUGCAUUACGGACCUAGCGGGCCUCCAAGCCAGCCUUGAGAUCUGGGCUCUUGUGUGUUGCACCCAAUAACGCUGCUGGGGUAAGGGAGCCUGGCCCCACGCUCCCUUCUGGGGCCCGGCUGCUGCGCUGGAACCAGGUGGUGAUGGGAAUGGCGCCCUUGUGACGUGCAGUGGGGGCCAGCAGGUGCCAGGAGGUCGUGAGCAGUGAGCAGUGUGGGCUGUGGAUCUGUUUGUGAAACUCAUGGAACUAAAAGCUCCGGCUGGUGAGUUCCAGAAGUUUUCUGGAGCCGCCUUUGAAGGGCCUGCUUCUUGAGUUGGGGUGAGGAGCAGGGGAGAAGUUUGCUUCUCCAAACAUGAGUGUUUGUUGCUCUUGUGGAAAGGUGAGGAGUAGGGUGCUGGGUUUGGAGGAGAUGGAGUAAAAGAUGAUAAUGAGCUUGCAGAAGAGGGCAUCACCUGCCCCUUCUGUGCUUUGGUCCCAUCCACAGUGGUCUAAACAGCCCCCUCUCCCGGCUUCUACCUUUUCCUGCUAGAACUAGGGGAGCCAUUGUCUUUCCUCUUGGGCCGAGUCUGUGCCCACUUAUAGCUCUGAACCUCACCAAAGCUGCAGAUCCUCAGGGCCAGGCCUGCCUUACAGCAGGUGAGUGAGGAGAGUGUGAGAGACAAGAGGGAGGGGUGGGGACUGGAGCAAACAGAUGUGCACAGCCCUGUCUGAAGUCCAUUAGCCGAAUGCCAGCUGCUACAUGUUUCCAGGGCUUUCCAGAGUGAAAAAUCUGGCUUUUUUAUGUAACCUCUGAUUUUUAAGUGCUGGUCAGAAGUUUUUAAUAUUGUGGUCUGGUGCAAAAAGGAGCGGGGAGGGUUGAGGCACAGCUGGGGACUGCCUGUCAUUGUCAGACUCUUUUCCUUCCUUUCACGAGGAAAGUGAAGACAUAAGCUGAGUCUCACAGGACUCUGAGGCCAUGCGGGUCUCGCCGGCCUGCGUAGGGAUGGGCCAUUCCAGCCCCCACGACCCAUUGCUUGCUGACGCCCUAUAUGCUGACACAACUUCCGGAGCCCGCUCCUUAAGUGAUGGGAAGUGGUACUGUACCCUGGCCGCCCUUCUUUCCGACUUACAGCUCAGGAACAGGAUUUGGCUU